AUCAAUGUCUUUACAAGUCUUAUUGCUGCUCCCACUUUCUGUGCUGGUGCUUUUACUGUGUGCAGUGUGUGGGGCUGGGAUGGGGUUUUCUGUGGUAGAAGAGACUCUGCAGGAAAAGUGUAUGAACUUGGACGCUUCACAGAACUUAGACGGUGAUGGUUUCUACCAGGAUGGUGAUGUGAUUAUUGGUGCUCUCAUUAAUGUACAUAACCUUGCUGCAACUCCUGACCUGAGCUUCACCAGAAAAACAGAAUUAGCGCCAUGCUUAGGCCUGAUGGCAACUAUGUCAAUGAUCAGUGGAGGAAACAAAACUUGCGGCACCACUAGACCCGCCAAGGUCAUCAUUGGAGAUUCUUCUUCUACUCAAAGCAUUCUUCUGUCCAGGACCCUGAGUCCCCUGCAGAUCGCAGUGAUCAGCUACCUGGCCAGCUGCCCAUGUCUUAGUGACAGGCAAAUGUACCCUAAUUUCUUCCGCACUAUCCCCAGUGAUGCCUAUCAGGCACGCACCAUGGCACAGAUGGCCAAACGCUUCGGCUGGACCUGGGUUGGAGCUGUGGUUGCCGAUAAUGACUAUGGACGCGGGGCUGUGCAGGUGUUUGAAGAGGAAAUAAAGGGAACGGGAAUCUGCUUGGCCUUUUUUCACACACUCUACCGGGAGCAGUUAGCAAAGGAUGUGGCCCGUGCCGCCGCAACAGUCCAAGCCUCUUCUGCCCGUGUGAUCCUGGUGUUUUCUUGGUAUGUGGAUGUAGAGGGGUUUCUUUUGGAACUGAUCCGUAGGAAUGUGACAGACAGGCUGUUCCUGGCCAGCGAGGUCUGGAGCACUAGCGCCUAUCUUUUGGCCAAUCCCCAGCUCUACACCAUUGCUAAGGGAACACUGGGUGUAGCUUUAAGAAGCGUGCCCAUACCUGGUUUUGAUGCACAUCUCCAGCAGCUACAUCCUGCCCGCUACCCUGAUGAUGAAUUCUUGAGGACCUUCUGGGAAAAUACAUUUGGCUGUAGCCUUACGAAAAGCACUUCCAAGGCUUUUCAGAAUGCCCUGCCUCCAUGCAGUGGCAGAGAGAGUCUGGAGGGGGUUCAGAGUCCAUUUACCGAUACUUCUCAUCUGACAGUGACGCAUAAUAUUUAUUUAGCAGUAUAUGCUGUUGCUCAUGCACUUCAUUCUUUGCUGGCGUGCACCCCGCAAAAUAACUCUGAUCCUAAAAUAAAACUAAAGUGCUCCUCUCCAGACAACAUCACUCCAGCACAGCUUUUACAGCACAUUGGACAAGUUCAUUUCACCACUCAGUCAGGAGAAGAGUUUUAUUUCCAGGACGGCAGCAUGCCACCUGUCUAUAACCUGGUGAACUGGCAGAGAGCUCCUGAUGGUUCACUUAAGUAUGUUUCCAUUGGACAAGUGGAUGAGAACCAGCUCAUUAUUCAUGAGUCUGCCAUUUCAUGGCCUGGAGACUCCGGGAAGAUGCCUGUGUCCGUGUGCACUUCUGAGUGUCCCCCUGGGACACGUAAAGCCAUUAAGAAGGGUCUGCCAGUGUGCUGUUUUGACUGCCUGCUCUGUACGGAGGGGGAAAUCAGUAACAGUACAGGCUCAAUAAAAUGUUAUCGCUGUCCCCAAGAGUUCUGGUCUAAUAGUUUCAGAAAUGAAUGUGUGUCCCGUGAGACUGAGUUCCUCUCCGUUAGAGAAACAAUGGGCAUCACGCUGAUUAGUGUUGCCAUUUCGGGUAUCAUCAUCACAGCUACAGUGGCUGUGAUUUUCCUGUACCAUAAGAGCACUCCGAUAGUUAAAGCCAACAACUCAGAGCUCAGUUUCAUGCUCCUUCUGUCUCUCAAACUCUGCUUCUUGUGCUCGCUGGUAUUUGUAGGCCAGCCAUCGCUCUGGUCAUGUAGGAUUCAACAGGCUGCGUUCGGGGUAAGUUUUGUCCUGUGCAUCUCCUGUAUUCUGGUCAAGACAAUUGUGGUUCUAGUUGCAUUUCACUCCACUAGACCUGGAUCCUCAGCUCUUAUCAAAUGGUUUGGACCAGGUCAGCAGAGAGGAAGUGUUCUGGUCUUUGCCAGUGUUCAGGUGGCUAUCUGUGCCAUUUGGCUCUCUGUCAGUCCACCUUUACCUCACCGUAACUUUGGAAUCCAAGGGUCAAAGGUCAUCCUUGAGUGCACAGUUGGGUCAGUUGUGGGAUUCACCUGUGUUCUGGGCUACAUUGGCUUUCUAGCUGUUGUCUGUUUCCUGCUGGCUUUCUUUGCCCGUAAACUUCCAGAUAAUUUUAAUGAGGCAAAAUUCAUUACUUUCAGCAUGCUGAUCUUCUGUGCUGUGUGGAUUGUAUUUGUGCCAGCAUAUGUCAGCUCGCCGGGGAAGUACAGUGUAGCUGUGGAAAUUUUUGCCAUAUUGGCCUCUAGUUUUGGACUCUUGUUUUGUAUCUUUGUCCCAAAAUGUUACAUUAUUUUACUCAAGCCAGAAAACAACACUAAAAGGUUUCUUAUGGGAAAAGCAUAA